AUGGGUAAAUUUAGUAGCAAGUGGAUAGUUGGGAUUAAAACCAUCAAUAUUUGUAUGUGAAUCAAGAUCUAUGGAAUUGAGAGCAGUAUUUUGAGAAGCAUUUAUCAGUUGAAAUAAGUAAUUUAUGUAUAUCAAAUGAAGGAAGAAAAUUGGCAGCAGUUAGAAUGGAUGAAGAUUAAUGUGUUGUUGUUGAGAAAGGAUCUUAAAUAAGAAUGAAUAGAAUAAAAUCUGAAUCUUUAUUGGCUAAUGGCAAAGGUCCAUUAGUUGAGAUAUUUGAAUUUGAAAAAUCUGAUAUUGUAAAUAGAAUAUAAUUUAAAAGAUAAAUUAUUCUUAAUUAUGAUUAACUAAUAAAUAAAUUGUGA